AUGACAAUAGAACCACAAUUGAAGAAAAAGUUGCUCGAAGAAUUCCCGGGACGAACAAGCCAAAUUGACACUUUACUGAAUUGGUUUGGCAAGCCCGAUGAAAGGACACCUCCAACAAUUUUUAUUCACGGUAAUAGAGCAUUGGGAAAAACCGAACUUAUUAAAAGACUCUUUACUCUUGGUUUCACAACUGGCCAAUCUUCAUUUGUAAAUUGUCGGAUUUGCUAUACACCUCAGCAAGUGUUUGAAUAUACAUUAAAAAAUCUCGCAGAAAAACGCAUCAUAUGUAAAAAUAUCAAUGAUUUUACUAUACAAAUGCAAGAACUUUGUGAGAAUAAUUUGGAAACUAAAUAUUUGAUCUUUGAUAAUGCCGAAUUACUUUGGAAAUUGUCUUCAACAUUAGUACCAGCUUUAUUAGCACUUUCACAAUGGACUAACUUAAAUAUAUGUGUGAUCCUUAUUUCUCAAGUACCAUGGGAAAAAUUUAGAAAAAUUAUAGGAAUUCCUGAACCGUGGCAACUUUAUUUUCAGGAUAAAUUUGUUGAAAAUAUUUGCGAUGUGUUUUUCGAAAAUUGUGAUCUGUUGGAUUUGAUCCGUCUUUUACCUGGUCUUUUUGAAAAGUUUAUGAUACCAGUGAAUGAAGAAAGAGCAACCCGAAAUGAUAUAUCGUUUUUAUGUAAUGAAUUAAAGCCAUAUUUAGAAUCUGCGUUAGAUAAUUUAUAUUUACAGAAUAUAUCAAAUAAUUCCACCAAACCGGAAGAUCAAAUGCCCAAAUGGUCAUUAUAUUUACUAAUAGCAACAUACCUAGGUUCAUACAUUCCAAAACUUUUGGACAAAGAAUAUUUUGCACAAGAAUCUACUGGAAAGAAAAGGAAGCUUAGAAAGAAAAAGAUAGAUAAAAGUCCUAAAAAUCCUAAAAAGAAAGGCCCACAAUUAUGCGAAAUGGAACGUGUAUUAGCCAUUUUUCAAUGUAUAUAUGUUGAAGGGAUUAUUCAAACUUUUGAUAUUCAGAUGCAGAUAGAAUCUUUUGUUACUCAUCGUCUUUUAAUUCGAACGAGUUCAUUGGAACGACUGGAAGAAGUGUCAUACCGAUGUAAUGUAAGCUCAAAUUGUAUUAAUCAAAUUGCCCAAAGUAUCGGAUUUGAUUUAUCGAAAUAUUUGGAUCAUGAUUUAUAG